UCCUUCUUUGCUUUCCAGUUACCUUGUGCUCAUUGUAUCGUGAUAAUCAAUAUACAGCUGAGACAGAAAGAUCAAGAGCUUGUUCCAAUUUAAUGGCACAUUCUUCUUCAGGAUCUUCUCAAAUAAAACAUGUUCUCUCUCUUUGUCUCCUACUUAUUUCGGGAUUGUCAGGGUGUGCAUCAAAGCAAAUGUCAGAUAGCAUUCCUCAAAUAAAGUAUGACGUUUUUGUUAACUUUAGGGGCGAGGACGUUCGUCGCGGUUUUCUUGGUUAUUUGACUGAGUCUUUUCAUCAAAAGCAAAUAUCUGCCUUUGUAGAUACUAAACUUGAGAAGGGGGAUGAAAUAUGGCCUUCAAUUGUUAGAGCAAUUCAAGGAUCAUUGAUUUCGUUGAUUAUAUUCUCUAGAAACUAUUCCUCUUCACGUUGGUGUUUGGAAGAACUUGUGAAAAUACUUGAGUGCAGGGAGAAAUACAACCAAACUGUAAUACCUGUUUUCUACCAUGUAAAUCCCACAUAUGUACGACAUCAAAAGGGGACUUAUGGAAAAGCUCUUGAUGAACAUGAAAAGAAAUAUAAUUUGACCUCAGUGCAAAACUGGAGACAUGCUUUGAAGAAGGCUGGCAAUAUAUCGGGAAUAAAGUCCUUCGAUUACAAGACAGAAGUUGAGCUCCUUGGAGAAAUCAUCAAUAUUGUUAAUCUUGUGUUGAUGAGUUUGGAUAAGCACCCAUUUAACUUAAAAGGACUUGUGGGAGUCGACAAACCAAUUCAACAUUUGGAAUCAUUGUUAUACCAAGAGUCAAAAUAUGUCCGUGUCAUUGGAAUUUGGGGUAUGGGUGGUAUUGGAAAGACAACUAUUGCCGAAGAAAUAUUUAAGAAAUUAUAUUCCGAAUAUGAUCGGUAUUAUUUUCUGGCAGAUGUAGAUGAAGAAUCAAUAAGACAUGGAACAAUUUAUUUGAAGGAAAACCUUUUCUCUGCACUACUUGAAGAAAAAGUGAAAAUCAACAUAGUGCAUGGAUUGUCAAAUUAUAUUAAGAGAAAGAUCAGUCGUAUGAAGGUUUUAAUCGUUCUUGAUCAUGUGAAUGAUUCAAAUCUGCUAGAAAAAUUGUUUGGAAGCCAUGAUUGGUUUGGACGAGGCAGUAGAAUCAUUAUAACAACCAGAGAUAAACAAGUUCUUAUUGCUAAUAAAGUUGAUGAUAUAUAUCAUGUUGGGGCAUUGAACUCUGGUGAAGCACAUGAAAUUUUUACUUUGUAUGCCUUUAACCAAAAUCAUUUUGAUAUGGAGUAUUACAAGCUAUCAAAGAGGGUGGUCAAUUAUUCUCAAGGCAUUCCAUUAGUUCUUAAAGUUUUGGGACAUCUUCUUUGUGGGAAAGAUAAGGAAGUAUGGGAGAGUCAACUAGACAAACUAAAAAACAUGCCAAAUAGAGAUAUUUACAAUACAAUGAGAUUAAGUUAUGAUGAUCUAGACCGCAAAGAACAAAAGAUUCUUUUGGAUCUUGCAUGUUUUUUUAUGGGAUUGAAUUUGAAAGUGGACCGCAUAAAAGUUUUAUUGAAAGAUAGUGAAAGAGAUGUUUCGGUAGUUGCUGGAUUAGAAAGGUUGAAAGAUAAAGCUCUUAUAACCAUUUCUGAAGAUAAUGUUAUAUCCAUGCACGAUAUCAUACAAGAAAUGGCUUGGGAGAUUAUUCGUCAUGAAUCCAUUGAAGAGCCUGGAAACCGUAGCCGAUUGAGUGAUCCUCAUGAUAUUUAUGAAGUAUUGAAAUAUAACAAGGGAACUGAGGCCAUAAGAAGCAUAAGGGCAGAUUUGUCAGUAAUUAGGAAGCUGCAGUUAAGCCCUCACGUAUUUACUAAGAUGAGUAAACUACAGUUUUUGUAUUUUCCUAGUAAAUAUAAUCAAGAUGGCUUUUCUCUUCUUCCUCACGGGCUUGAAUCUUUUCCAGUUGAGCUAAGAUAUCUUGGUUGGAUGCGUUACCCUCUGAAAUCCUUGCCAGAGAAUUUUUCUGCUGAAAACCUUGUUAUAUUGGAUUUGUCAUAUAGCCAAGUGGAGAAACUUUGGAAUGGAGUGCAGAAUUUGAUGAAUUUGAAAGAAAUUAAAGUCUCUGGUUCUGAAAAUUUGAAGGAGCUGCCAGACCUUUCAAAAGCCACAAAUCUUGAAGUGCUAGAUAUCAAAUUUUGUCCUCUGUUGACUAAAGUGGCUCCAUCUAUUCUCUCACUCAACAAGCUUGAGAGAUUGUAUCUAGCUUUUUGUUCCCUUACUAAAAUUUCAAGCGAGAACCACCUAAGGUCCCUUAGUUAUCUCAAUCUUCAAUCAUGCAAAAAACUAAGGGAAUUUUCAGUGACAUCAGAGAACAUGAUUGAACUUGAUUUAUCAUCAACUCGUGUCAAUGCCUUGCCCUCAUCUUUUGGAAAUCAAAGGAAGCUCGAAAUCCUGUGGCUAAGAGACAGUGGCAUCGAGUGUUUUCCUUCAAGCUUCAAGAAUCUUUCAAGACUGCGACAUCUGAAUGUAUAUAAUUCCAAGGAGCUUCAUACUCUAACAGAACUUCCCCCAUCCCUUGAAAUUCUAGAUGCCACAGAUUGCACAUCAUUGAAGUCUGUGCCAUCAAUUUCUGAACAGUUCAAUGAAAACAGGAGAGAGGUUCUAUUUUGGAAUUGCUUGAAAUUGGAUGAACAUUCUCUCAAGGCUAUUGUGUUCAAUGCACACAUUAAUGUGAUGAAAUUUGCAUAUCAACAUUUAUCUGCACCUGAUCAAAAUUCCGAUGAUUACGAUCAUACUUAUGAAUCUGAUCAAGUAAAGUAUGUGUAUCCAGGAAGUAGUGUUCCACAGUGGAUGGAGUAUAAAACAACAAAGGAUUAUAUAAUUAUUGAUCUCUCUUCUACUCCACACUCCUCUCAGUUAGGCUUCAUUUUUGGCUUUGUUAUCUCUGGUCCUAUGGUGAAGGCAAUAAUUGGUUAUAGAUUUACGUUUUAUAUCACUGUGAAUGAUGAUGAGGAUGAAAGUAAAAAGAAUACUAUCGACAUAAACAUGUCUGACUCAAUUGUUUGGGUUGCAUCGGAUCAUGUGUGUUUGAUUUAUGACCAAAGAUGUUCUCACUACCUAAACAGUAAAGCCAAAAAUCAAACAAGGUUUAAAAUCAAGGUUGAAGCGAUGGCAGCUGCGGUAGCUCAUCAACGGGACGUGGGGUUAAAAGGGUUUGGAGUCAGCCUAAUAAACACCAUAGCAUAUAACAAUUUCAUUCAAGAAAUGAACACCUUAUCAGAUCAUAGUUUCAUUCAAGAAAUAAACUCCUCAGCAGAUCGUAGUUUCAUUCAUCAAGUAAACACCUCAACAGAUCACAGUUUCGUUCAAGAAAUAAACACCUCAGCAGAUCACAGUUUCAAUGUUCAACAAAUGGAAGUGUCUGCUCAUAUGUAUUUCAUUCCAAUGCUUCCUAUCAUCCUGCUGACAUCCUUCUUGUUGUUAAGACGCAGACUUUGCUUUAGAAACAAGUUUUUCUAAGUAAAUUCUUGUUGUAGUUAUACUGUAGACCUGCUGAGUGCUUAUACAAACAACAAUAAGAUUCAUUGAUAUUUCCCACGUGGAGAUGUACGUUGGAAAUCGAAAAGAAAAUGUAAGAAGAUAAUGAAAUGAAAA